AACGUUUCGGAGGUGCUCACAUCUUCGCUGCCUUUUCAGCGUUUCAUCGAAGAUGAAGUUCAACAUAGCGAAUCCGACCACUGGUUGCCAGAAGAAGCUGGAAAUUGACGAUGACAUGAAGCUCCGAGUUUUCUGGGACAAGAGGAUAUCUCAGGAAGUCAGUGGAGAUGCAUUGGGCGAGGAGUUCAAGGGCUACGUGUUCAAGAUCAUGGGAGGGUGUGACAAGCAAGGUUUCCCAAUGAAGCAAGGCACCCCUUGCUUCCGUGGUUUUGGAAGGAGGAACGGAGAGCGAAGAAGGAAGUCUGUUCGUGGGUGUAUCGUGAGCCCUGACCUCUCAGUUCUGAACUUGGUGAUUGUGAAGAAGGGUGAGAAUGAUCUGCCUGGGCUGACUGAUACCGAGAAGCCGAGGAUGAGAGGGCCCAAGAGGGCUUCCAAGAUCCGCAAGCUCUUCAACCUUUCCAAGGAGGAUGAUGUUCGCAAGUAUGUCAACACUUACCGCCGGACAUUCACCACCAAAUCUGGCAAGAAAGUGAGCAAAGCCCCAAAGAUUCAGAGGCUGGUGACCCCACUGACUCUGCAGAGGAAGAGAGCUAGAAUUGCCGACAAGAAGAAGAGGAUAUCCAAGGCAAAGUCUGAAGCUGCCGAGUAUCAGAAGCUUCUUGCUACUCGUUUGAAGGAACAAAGAGAAAGGCGAAGUGAGAGCUUGGCCAAGAGGAGAUCAAAGCUCUCUGCAGCCUCUAAGCUGUCUGUUGCUGCUGCUUAAAUUUUGCCCUUUUUGAGAUGCCCACUUGUUGUGGAUUUGUGUGUGACAGUUGAUGGGCCCGGCCCUUAGGGCCUGGUUGGUUUUUUGCUUGUUUAUGAGUAAGGACAAGCUCUUGAACUGUUAUGUUAAUUGACUGCACAGACUGCUUUUGUUUCUUAGAAAAAGAUUUUGGGAUGUUUGUUUUGUUAAAGUUGUUACUGCCUGAAUUUGUGCUCGACUUGAGCCUGUGCUGCUAUUUGGAUCUGUGCAAUAAUUUUAGCUGGCAAUCAGUUUUAUUCACUAUUAACUCACUUUUAACCAAU